GGAGCGUGGGCUGGGGCUGUGAGGAUUUUUUUUUUAGCUCGAGCUGUUGGAUCCGCGUUGCAAACACAGCAGCCCGAGAUCACCGACUCCCAUUCUGACAGUUAGAGCCAAAGCCGGCUCGCGCUCGGGGCUGCCGUCCCUCCCGCUCCAACUGUCACUGAAGCGCGAGCUCCAGGGGCUCUUCAGAAGCUCCUCCGAAAAUUAAAUCUUAAUAACUUUUAAUAUCCACUGAAGUAGAAACACCUCAGUACAUUUUUCAAAUUCCGCUUACUUAUUUACUAUUUGACCAUCUAUUUCCAUUGAAGACUGUUCCCGUUGCUGCAUCACGCGCGAGGAAGACGCAUUCAAAUUGAGAUCAUCUGUUGAAUCCAUUUGGGGUGAUGCUGAAAUGUCAUGUGAUGAUUGCCAAUUAGAGUUCCAAUUUAAGCUGUGAUCAUUGUGGGGGAGUAACUGCUUAAUCAAGGUGCCCUGAUGACGGCAGCUGGUGGAGUGGAUAUGUAACCCCGUGAUAGUCAUUUCUGAGGGAUCAAUGGUUGGACCUUGUUCCUGUAACUAAAUCCAUCUAACAGCCUCUUGUCCCUUUUUAUAUAAUCGUCUUUGACAGUUUAUUCCACAACUUUAUUAUCCUAUGGGCUCAAAAUAAACUUUCCUCUUCUGGACAAUGACAGGUACAUACACAGCAGGAGCUGCAUACUGAAGCAGCGCAGACCGCAGAGGAAGAGCAGCACUCUUAAGUAGCACCAUCACAUUCUCAAGGUAGUCAACGCUGAGUUGAAGCAAUAAAGGGAAAAGUCAGAAUCACUCAGCAGCUUGGGAGAAGUCUGUGGAGAGAUCAGACAAGUUAACAUUUCAUGCGUGGACCCUUCAUCAGAACUGGAAGAUAUUACAGAUGAACUGGAUUUAGUGUUGUAAAUUGGCUGUUCACGUGGAAGGCAGACUGAAGAAAAGGAGACUCUAGCAUCAAAUUUACAGUUUUGCUUGAGAAACUUCUCUUCCCCCCCACCUUUCAUCAGGGCAAAAACUAAAAUGGAAAGUGAUGAUGACCCUUUGGUGCAACAUCUAUGGCUGGAGGAAGAAGAGGACGAUGUUUUGGCUAACUCUUAUAGAGGCCAAAGACUUUGCAAGAAAUGCCACUGUAGCUUUAAAAGAUUAUUCUAUGAUUUGAAUGUUAAAGGCUUUUGGGGAGUAGUUGGGUGGAUGUUUACUAACCUAUAUUGCACUGCCUUAAUAUUAGUAAUAGGUUGCAUGAUCCCAACAAUUCUGACUGUUGUUAUGCUUAUGCAUUGUUCUGCUCUCGAUAUAGAUAUAUCCUACAAUGCCUUUGAGAUUCGUAACCAUGUAUCCUCGCAGCGCUUUGAUGCAUUGACCCUUGCUUUAAAAUCACAGUUCGGGUCUUGGGGGAGGAACAGACGUGAUUUGGCUGAGUACACAUCUGCAACUUUGGAGAAACUCAUCAUUGAAGAGCUGCAAAAACUGCACAAUAAUGCUUCGCAGCUAGGUGAUACCUCCCUUGUCAAAGCCAUUUACAGAUCAAGUGAAGCCCAGUGGCCUGAUGGAAUUCAGCUGUGGAAAAGAGACUUGUUCUCACACCUCAUGCCCAAGGAGAGCUAUGACGGAUAUAGAGUGCGGCAAGCAAGGGCUGUGCCACACAAGAACUAUCCAAACACCUACAUUAAUGGGGACACUCAGACGCAUGCGCUGUGGAGGAUGGAGCUUGUAUUUCUAGCAAAAGGUGAUGAUGAAAGGAAUAUCUUCACGAAAGAGCGUUUGCUGACGAUUCAUGACAUUGAGAAAAAAGUCAUGGACCAUCCUAGGUUUCGGGAGUUUUGCUGGAAGCCUCACGAAGUCCUCAAAGACAUGCCACUUGGUUCAUAUUCUUAUUGCUCACCUCCCAGUUCUCUCAUGACCUAUUUUUUCCCGACAGCACAAGGUGGAAGGAUUUACUACGACGGGAUGGGGCAAAAGUUGGCAGAUAUUCGUGGCUCACUCCAGCUGGCUAUUACUCACCCUGAGUUUUACUGGUAUGUCGAUGAGGGACUCACAGCAGAAAACAUGAAAAGCUCACUGCUUCGUAGUGAGAUCCUGUUUGGAGCCCCGCUUCCCAAUUACUACUCAGUGGAUGACCGUUGGGAAGAACAGCACAGGAAGUUUCAGAAGUUUGUGAUCUCCUACGUCGAUCUGUUGGCCUCACAGUCCACCAAGAAAGUGCAAGUCCUGUAUGGUGGAACAGACCUAUUUGACUAUGAAGUGAGACGAACAUUUAAGAAUGACAUGUUGUUGGCUUUUAUCAGCAGUGGAUGUAUAGCAGUCCUGGUAUACAUUCUCACCUCGUUUUCAGCCUUUCUGACAUUCUUUGGGAUUGCCAGCAUUGGUUUGAGCUGCCUGGUUGCCCUGUUUCUGUACCAUGUAGUGUUUGGCAUCCAGUACCUGGGCAUCCUAAAUGGAGUGGCUGCCUUUGUCAUUGUGGGGAUUGGGGUUGAUGAUGUCUUCGUUUUCAUCAACACUUUCCGGCAAGCAAGCCACAUUCGCAACCCACAGGAAAGAAUGAUUCAUACCAUCAAAACAGCGGGGAAAGCCACCUUCUUCACCUCAUUCACCACAGCUGCCGCUUAUGCGGCAAAUAUAUUUUCCCAGAUCCCAGCUGUCCAUGACUUUGGACUGUUCAUGUCUUUGAUAGUUGCUUGCUGUUGGGUGGCUGUUCUGUUCCUCAUGCCAGCUGCACUCUGCAUUUGGAGCCAAUACAUCUCACCUCUGGAGAUUUCCUGCUACUCAAGAGCUCAUGUGAAUCGUGACCCUGGAACCGCCUACAGUCCAGCUUCAUACUUGGAUGAUGACAUUCCUCUUCUAUCAGUUGAGGAAGAAACAGCAUCUUUGGACAAUGGGGACGUCCCUUUGGUUUCACUGGUGCCUGAGGCACUUCCACCUGAAGAUGGAAGACAUAACCCUGGUCAACUGAUAACAAGAUUACAGGACGCACUUUACCAUUUUGUUGCACUUCCUGCAGUAAAGAAUAAAUGGAUCAUUUUAGGCCUUUACAUCAUUACCCUAGUGAUGUCCAUAGGAUUUGCAACCCAACUGCGAGCAGCCAGCAGAACGCCCCUGCUCUUCAGCCCUGAUACCAAUAUUCAGGUCCUCCUCGACCUCAAGUAUAACCUCAGCUCAGAGGGCAUUUCCUGCAUCACAUGUUCAGGUGUGUUUCAGGAGAAGCCCCAGCCUCUGCUAAAUAACAUGCGAACAUCUUCAGACAAGAAGAAACGAGGACAGAAUCUCCUGUGGAAUAAAGCAGGUACAACACAGAUUGUAGGCACAGGUGACUUACGAACUGUUUAUGUCACAAAGUAUGAAGAUGAUGUCCAACCUGCCAUUUACAGAUUUUCUUUGGAUUCCUCUGUUCCCUUGCCAUGGCAUCAGCCAGCAACAAGGAAUGGGGAGAUUCCAUCAUUCAAAGUUUACACAGUGCCCUAUGGUAACUUUACGAAGAAGCUGACCAUCUGUUCUUCCAUUGUUGGGCUACCAAGUCCCAAGUGUCCGGGGAAGUGGAUGAUCACAUCAUUAUCCUGCAAUACUAGGAAAGGCUGGAAGCUUGAUUUCCAUUUCUAUGCAUCAGCCACAGAACAACAUCACACUCAGAAGCUGUACUUUGCUCAGCUGCGGAGGGCUCCUUAUCACAGUCGGAUCUGCAUAGCACCACCUGGCUGCAUUCUUAGUGCAGGACCCAAUGGCCCUAAUCAAGGAUUUUUCUACGUCCCCUAUGAGAAAGUCUUGAAUGUUGAGGAGACUCCAACCUUUGACUUCAACCCCUGCAUGAACGAUGGCUGUGGGAAGCCAGCAGUACGUCCUCUGGUGGAUACAGGUGCCAUGGUCUUCGUUGUGUUUGGGAUUCUGGGAGUGAACCGCACAAGAAAGCAAGAUAAUCAUGUGAUAGGAGAUAUGGGCAGUGUCAUCUAUGAUGAGAGUUUUGAUCUAUUCCAAGAAAUUGGAAAUCUGUGUAAGAUUUGCAAAGCCAUCAGCAGUAACUCAGAGCUGGUGAAGCCAGGAGGUGCUCAGUGCUUACCUUCAGGGUACAGCGUUUCAACCUUCCUGCAAAUGUUACAUCCAGAGUGCAAGAGCAUCCCGGAGCCCAACUUACUUCCUGGACAACUUUCCCAUGGUGCUGUUGGAGUGAAAGAAGGGAAAGUCCAGUGGAUAUCAAUGGCUUUUGAGUCUACAACCUAUAAAGGAAAGUCCUCUUUUCAGACAUAUGCAGACUACUUGAAAUGGGAGAGCUACCUCCAGGAGCAGCUACUUCAAUUUUCAGAACAAUCAUCACUACGUCAUGGAUUCCAGACUUGCGAGCACUGGAAACAGAUAUUUAUGGAAAUAAUAGGUGUUCAGAGUGCACUGUACAGUUUGAUUCUUUCUCUGGUGAUCUGUGUUGCUGCAGUCGCUAUUUUUACCACCCAUGUUCUACUCCUCUUACCAGUACUGCUGACCAUUCUAGGUGUUAUCUGCUUGAUGGUUGCCACCAUGUACUGGUUUGGCUGGGAGAUGGGAGCAGUGGAAGCCAUCUCUCUGUCCAUCUUGGUGGGCUCUUCUGUGGAUUAUUGUGUCCAUCUCGUUGAGGGUUACCUGCUGGCAGGAGAAAACCUUCCAAUGGCUGAGACUGAAGAUAAAUGCAAAAUGGGGAAAUGGAGGACUCUAGCAGCUGUGAGGCAUGUUGGUGUUGCCAUUGUCUCCAGUGCCAUCACUACAGUCAUAGCAACCGUCCCUCUCUUCUUUUGCAUCAUCACUCCAUUUGCCAAGUUUGGAAAGAUUGUUGCCCUGAACACUGGCAUCUCUAUAUUAUACACCUUGACCGUCAACACCGCUCUGCUCAGCAUCCUGGCUCCAAGUGACUUUUAUCGUUCAAGGAGAUCUUUUAUUAAAGCAGUCCUAGGAGUAGUGACCAUAGGUGUUGGAGGAUCCUGUGUCUGUCUUGUACUAAUUAAAUUAGGAAUCAAAAUCCCACUCCCAAAUGGAUAA